UUGUUUCUUAGGAUGAUUUCAUUCUGGCAAGCAGCUUAUUUCAUUUCCUUGUUUGCGACAGUUUCCUGUGGAUGCCAGACGCAGCUGUAUAAGAAUACUUUCUUCCGAGGUGGGGAUGUAAUCUCCAUGUAUACUCCAAGUGAACGACACUGUCGGAUGAUGUGUACCUUCCAUCCCAGGUGUUUGUUAUUCAGUUUUCUUCCUGCAAGCUCCACUAACGACCCACGUAAAAGGUUUGGUUGCUACUUGAAAGAAAGUGUAACUGGAAUUCUUGAAAGAGUCCCAAAGGCAGGUGCAAUUUCUGGACAUUCUUUAAAGCACUGUGGUCCUCGAAUCAGUGCUUGUCACCAAGACAUUUACACAGGAAUUGAAAUGAAAGGAACCAAUUUAAAUGUAUCUAAAGUGAGAAGUGUUGAAGAAUGCCAAAAAAGUUGUACCAAUAACAUUCACUGCCAUUUUUUCACAUAUGCCACAGAAACAUUUUCUAACGCAGCCUUCAGGAACAAAUGCUUACUAAAAAGCAGCGCAAGAGGAACACCUACUAGUAUACAGAUGCUGGGUAAUGUGAUCUCUGGAUUCUCACUGAAGCCCUGCGCACUCUCAGAAAUAGGUUGCCACAUGGACAUUUUCCAACAUUAUGCUUUUUCAGAUGAGGAUGUUGUCCGAGUUUUCACUCCAGAUGCUUUUGUGUGUCGCACCAUCUGCACUUACCAUCCCAAAUGCCUCUUCUUUACAUUCUAUACAAGUGCACGGGAAAUAGAGUCUCAGAGGAAUGUCUGUUUCCUUAAGACUUCCAAAAGUGGAACACCAACUUCCUCUCUUCCACAGGAAAAUGCCAUGUCAGGAUACAGCCUUUUAACUUGCAAAAAAACUUACCCUGAACCCUGUCAUUCUAAAAUUUUCUCUGGAGUUGAUUUUGGAGGUGAAGAGUUGAACGUGACCUUUGUUAAGUCAGACAGUGUUUGCCAAGAGACAUGUACAAAGAUGAUCCGCUGUCAGUUUUUCACUUACUCUGCACGUCCAGAGGACUGUCAGGGAGACAAGUGUAAAUGCUCUUUGAAAUUAUCUUUGGACGGCUCCCCAACUUCCAUUACGGAUGGAACACAAAAGAGUUCUGGUUAUUCUUUAAGACUGUGUGAACCUGGAGAGAGCUCUGUCUGCACCACAAAAUCUAGCUCACGUAUUGUUGGAGGGACCAACUCUUCUCAUGGAGAGUGGCCCUGGCAGGUCAGCCUGCAGGUGACCCUAGCAGGACAGAGCCAUAUGUGUGGAGGGUCUAUCAUUGGACACCAGUGGGUGCUGACUGCUGCCCAUUGCUUUGAUGGGCUUUCGGCACCAGAUAUUUGGCGCAGUUAUAGUGGCAUUUUAAAUAUAUCAGAAAUAACAAGAGAGACUCCUUUCUCACAAAUAAAAGAAAUUAUUAUUCACCCACAAUACAAGAUCUCAGAAGCUGGCCAUGAUAUUGCUUUAUUGAAACUUGAGACUCCUUUGAAUUUUACUGAAUUUCAAAAACCAAUAUGUCUGCCUUCCAAAGAUGAUACAAACACAAUUUAUACCAACUGUUGGAUCACUGGUUGGGGCUACACUAAGGAGAAAGGUGAAAUCCAAAGCAUUCUGCAAAAGGCAAAUAUUCCUUUAGUAACAAAUCAAGAAUGCCAGGCAAGAUACAGAGACUAUGACAUAACCAAGCAAAUGAUCUGUGCUGGAUAUAAGGAAGGGGGAAGAGAUGCCUGCAAGGGAGAUUCAGGUGGUCCCCUCGUCUGUAAACACCAAGGAAUCUGGCAUUUGGUGGGUAUCACCAGUUGGGGUGAAGGUUGUGCCCGUAAGGACCAUCCAGGUGUCUACACCAAAGUAGCUGAGUAUGUGGACUGGAUCUCGGAGAAAACAGGACACUCCUUGGUGAACUCUCCAGUGUGA